AUGCCUAGUGAAGUGCCUUUGCAGCUUUGCCUUAUCCAUUUUUCUCGUUUCAAAGCCUCACAGAUUCUCAGUGUCGGACCCGUGGCUGCAGGUUUGGUGAACAAAUUUGGAUGUCGUGCAGUUGGAGUCGCUGGCUCCCUUUUGGCCACAGUUUCAAUGUUCGCCAGUGCUUUUAUGCCCACCAUUGAACUGAUGCUCAUUUCCUACGGAGUCAUCGCUGGUGAGUCUUCUUUUUCAGGAUUCACGAAUGCCAUUAACAAACCGUGGCAGCGCAACUGUCGAUUGUCCCUCAGGGUCUAA